AAAUAACCGCGUGUAAAAAAAUUUAAUAAAGUUCUUGCUUUGUCUGCGGAGGCGUGUGUCUGUUGUCUAAUAACAUUAAACUACAAUCGAUCCGCUGAUUGACUUCAGGAGUCGAAGCAGUGAAUAUCUCGCCAGCUUUACUGUGAACAGGAACUUAUCAGCUCUGGGACGAGAAUUGUGACUUCCGCAUUCGAUACUUGAAGACAACAACCGGACACCGGAUACACCGAAGAGGAGCAGAAGAAAAAAGAGGAAAUGUCGCUUCUUUCUGCAAUUGAAGAAGCAAUCAAAACCUGCAAAGUCGAACAGGCUAAGCUUAAUGGCUGCAUCGAACACUGCAGAGAAAUUCUACUAUGUUUGUCGUCACGACACCCUGCAGAACCCGAAGAGACAGAAUUAGCAGAAGAAAAUCCUGCAGAUGCUUCCGCAGGGGAGAAGGAAGACAUAGAGCUGCUCGAGCAAGCACUGGAAAAAGCCCUUCGGGUCCGUACCGGCUCAGAUCCCUCUAAAAGAGACUCCUGCAGAAACCGAAUAUCUGGAGCUCAGAGUGAAACUGUCACAGCCACAGAUGUGUUGAUUUCAUCUGCAGUGGCCAAAGAAGGUCAAACAACCAGAAGGUCAACCUCCAAAUCUGCCAGGCCUGAUGGGAAAGGAGACAAAAAGUCUGGUUUUUCAUCAGGCGCCACACUUAGAUCAGGGCCGCAGUCCAAAAUCGUCCGUAAUCGAAACACGAUCCAGAACCGUUUCCCUUCAUCGGCUCGGGCUGCGCAUCACCAGGCAUCGAGGGCAUUUCAGCAGACUGUCUCGGCAUCUGCCUCUCCUGAUCAGAUCACAGCCUCGCUCUCUAAAAACAAGACAGUCAGAGUCAAUGUGGCAGGAGACGGUGACCUGAGCAGAGCUGCGUCUGUUUCUUACAGCGUCGCGUCUCCAUCAGACACCGACGGGUCGGGGACAAGCCGUUUGCAGCAACACGAUGUAUUACAGUCUGAACAAACUAAAUGGAAAUCUUUAAGAAGUAAACAAAACAGGCUGUGGGGAAAAGUCCAGUCCCUCCAAAGGACACCAGCACUUGGGAGGAGUCGCUUCAUGGAGAGAAUCAGAGCAACGUUUCCCACUGACUGGCCAUGUGGUAGUCCAGCUCAGACCAGGGCCCUGCUGGAGAGACUGACAGACCAAGCUCAGCGCUGCCGGGCCGAGGACAUUCUCACCAAGCAUGCUUCAGACGUGGAGCAAGAGCUGGGGGGCCAGCAGAAUGAUUGUGAUCCCAGUUUGACGCGUGAAAAUCUGCAGCAGAUGGCAGCAGAGCUCCGCGUCUUCACAACUCAAGUGAGCAAAGAGUGGAAAGCAUGGGAUCGAUGGAGGCCAGAGGGAGGUUGUCUUUGUCCCUCUGGAGGAAAUGGUGUGUUGGGAGAUGGGGGGCCAUCCCUGCCCCCUACUAUAACAUACAGAACAGAGAAGGAGCUCCAAGAGCUGGAGAGGCUGCGGACGAGGGUGGCUUUGCUGCAACAGGAGCUUCACCUUGAUCGGGUUCUGAUGGACACUUUAUCACCUCACCUUUCAUCCGUAGUAGCUGGAACCAGAUGUCCCCACCCAGGCAUGCUGAGGGACCUGUACUCCCUGCUUGGUGAAGGAGGGGAGCGAUUCCCGGCCAUAGUUCUAGACUCUGAGGCUGAAUGAGCAUGCUGCACCGAGAGCUAACAUUUUCUUCACUUAGCAGCAGGACUGCAAACAUGAGGCUCCUCCCAGUGUUCCACAGUCCUGCGAAAACACGACUGAAACAUUUUUAAAACAUUUUUAAACUAGCAAAUCUUCCUAAGUGGUGAAAUUCUUUUUUUUUCUUUCGGUCGUCCUUGAUUGACGACUAAUCUGUGUUGCAUUUGGCCUCUUUCUGAGUGUGAUUUAAUGAUGCACAACUUACAAUGUACCACUAGGUGGCACUACCUACCCCCGGCACUGGACUCGGGUCUCCAGUCUCAGUCUGUGUGAAUACAAGACACAUUUUCUCCGUUGACAAGAAAGUAAUCAGCUUUAUUUCUUGUGUUGGAUUCAGGUGAACAAUAAACAUCCUGAUUUAUUCUUUUCACUGACUA